AUGGGCAAGUGUCUGGGUAGGCAUCUUCCUCUUCACAGCUCCACCUUCUCCUGGAGGAAUGUCGCCCUCCUGCUGCUUCUCUUCCUCUCUUUGGAGCAGACAUCUGCCUCACCAAGCAACAGAGCCAAAAAGAAGCCAGGAGCGUGCCUCCAAGAAAGGAUCACCUGUAAUUCUAAAGCCCCAGACUUAUGCAAAACAGAUUUCAAUUGCGAUGAACACCUCAAGUGCUGCUCUUUUGCCUGUGGGAAGAAGUGCAUGGAUCCAUCUGAAGAACCCUGCUUGUUACCCUUAGACACAGGACACUGCAAGAAGACAGUCAAGCAGUGGUAUUUUAACACCGAACAGCGUGUAUGCAAACCCUUUUUUUACGGAGGUUGCCUUGGGAAUGCCAACAGCUUCUCCAAGAAGGAGGACUGCAUGAAGGCUUGCUCAUCAGUUGUCAAGGAUGGACAGUGCCCACUCUUCCCUUUUAAGAACCGUAUGGAGUGUUCAGCUUCAUGUAAGAGUGACUACGACUGCCCCUUAAAUGAAAAAUGUUGCGAAUCCAUGUGCGGCUUUGCUUGUGCCAUGGCCUGGACAGUCAAAGCAGGUUUCUGCCCAAACAAGCCGCCAGUAUGUACCACGAUUGACAGACCCAGGUGCCUGCUGGAUGAUGAUUGCCCACUGACGGCAAAGUGCUGUUCACGCUGUGGACUGAAGUGCGUGGAACCCCUGAAAUGA